UCAUGACGUCACGCCCGCUCUGCCUCGUUCUGGUCAGCUGAUGCUCGCGACGGAGAGGAUUCAGAGACAGCAGCACUCCAUUUCAGCUGUUUAAACUCAACAUUCUCCCCUUAGUGCAUUGGGUAGAGAACAGUGCAUUAUGGGGGAGCUGUUUCGCAGUGAGGAGAUGACUCUGGCCCAGCUCUUUCUCCAGUCUGAGUCCGCCUACUGCUGUGUCAGUGAGCUGGGGGAGAUCGGCAUGGUGCAGUUCAGAGAUUUGAACCCCGAUGUGAACGUUUUCCAGAGGAAGUUUGUGAAUGAAGUCCGUCGGUGUGAGGAGAUGGACCGCAAACUAAGAUUUGUUGAGAAGGAAAUCAAAAAGGCUAACAUACCUGUUGUAGACACAGGGGAGAACCCAGAGGUCCCUUUUCCACGAGACAUGAUUGAUUUGGAGGCCACCUUUGAAAAGCUGGAGAAUGAGCUGAAGGAGAUCAACACCAACCAGGAAGCCCUGAAGAAGAACUUCCUGGAGCUGACUGAGCUUAAGCACAUCCUCAGACGAACACAGCAGUUCUUUGAUGAGAUGGAAGACCCUGCACUUUUGGAAGAGUCGUCAACUCUACUGGAUCCAAAUGAGGUUGGACGUGCCGCUCCUCUUAGGCUUGGGUUUGUUGCAGGGGUGAUUGGCAGAGAAAGGAUUCCCACCUUCGAGAGGAUGCUGUGGAGAGUUUGUCGUGGAAAUGUCUUCCUGCGACAGGCAGACAUCGAGGACCCACUUGAGGACCCUGCCACAGGAGACCAUGUGCACAAGUCUGUGUUCAUCAUUUUCUUCCAGGGAGACCAGCUGAAAAACAGAGUCAAGAAGAUUUGUGAAGGGUUUCGGGCAUCUCUGUACCCCUGUCCUGAGACCCCUCAAGAGAGGAAGGAAAUGGCAGCUGGAGUCAACACUCGAAUUGAUGAUCUCCAGAUGGUGCUGAAUCAGACAGAGGAUCACAGGCAGCGUGUUUUGCAGGCGGCUGCCAAGACUGUCCGAGUAUGGUUCAUCAAGGUCCGGAAGAUGAAAGCCAUUUAUCACACUCUGAACCUCUGCAACAUUGAUGUCACUCAGAAGUGUCUGAUCGCUGAGAUUUGGUGCCCUGUGUCCGAUCUAGACUCCAUUCAGUUUGCCCUGCGUCGGGGCACGGAGAGAAGUGGAUCCACUGUUCCCUCCAUCCUAAACAGAAUGCAGACCAAACAGACCCCACCCACCUACAACAAAACCAACAAGUUCACCUCUGGCUUUCAGAGCAUCGUUGAUGCCUACGGCAUCAGCAACUACCGGGAAAUCAACCCAGCUCCAUACACCAUCAUCACCUUCCCCUUCCUGUUUGCGGUCAUGUUUGGCGAUCUGGGUCAUGGUAUACUCAUGACCUGCGCUGCACUUUAUUUGGUACUGCGAGAGAGCCGAUUAAUUGCCCAGAAAAACGACAAUGAGAUGUUUAACAUGGUUUUUGCGGGCCGUUACAUUAUUCUCCUGAUGGGAAUAUUUUCGGUGUAUACUGGGAUUAUCUACAACGACUGUUUCUCCAAAUCUCUCAAUGUCUUUGGCUCGGGCUGGAGUGUCAGGCCCAUGUUUGGAGAGAGAGGAGGCAACUGGACGCCUACGACACUGAAGGAUAAUCCCAAACUCCUCUGCACUCCAUACACCAUCAUCACCUUCCCCUUCCUGUUUGCGGUCAUGUUUGGCGAUCUGGGUCAUGGUAUACUCAUGACCUGCGCUGCACUUUAUUUGGUACUGCGAGAGAGCCGAUUAAUUGCCCAGAAAAACGACAAUGAGGGAACGCAAAACUUUGGGGGAAUCCGUGUGGGCAACGGCCCCACAGAGGAUGAAGCUGAGAUCAUCCAACAUGACCAGCUCUCCCAAAACUUAGAAGAAGAAUCGCCUGAGCAGUCAGAGGAGGAAGUGUUUAAUUUUGCAGAUGUUGCAGUGCAUCAAGCCAUUCACACUAUAGAAUACUGCUUAGGCUGCAUCUCAAAUACUGCCUCUUAUCUACGGCUUUGGGCGCUGAGUCUGGCCCAUGCGCAGCUCUCUGAGGUCUUGUGGACAAUGGUGAUGCACAUGGGUCUGGCUUCUAGGAAUUUUGGUGGAUUCUUUGCGCUGUCAAUCAUCUUUGCCUUCUUUGCUACACUGACAGUGUUUAUUCUGUUGAUCAUGGAAGGGCUGUCUGCCUUCCUUCAUGCUCUCAGAUUGCAUUGGGUGGAGUUCCAGAAUAAAUUCUACACUGGACAGGGCUUCAAGUUCAUGCCUUUUACUUUUGACAGCAUUCUGGAGGGCAAGUUUGAAGACUAAACCACACCCACAUUCUCUCCCUCCCCAACUGCCACACCUCCAAACUACAGCAUUUCAUGAUUCUUGUGAACACUGACUUUGUAAGGCUCUACAUUUCUCAGGUGUUCUAGAUCAGGACAUAAAUGGAAUAAUUUACAAGCAGGUAAACUAGAUGUAAAUAGUUGAAGCUGAAAAUAAUCUGAGCUAGAACUGCAUAACGUAUUUGCAAUGAUUUCGUAACUCUUCAAUUCUUGCAGCGAUAUGUAUUGAUAUGUAAUAAUACAAACUCGAGUGGUGUUGCCAUACAGCACACAGGAGUAUGAACAGCAUGUUUUACUCAAUCAAGGCAAAAUAUCAUUACAGUUUCCCUCCCAUUAUAGCAUAGGUGGAGAUUUUGUCUAUGUUUUCCAGUCUCUUAAAUUAUUAGAGUUUGUUUUUUAUGUAUCUUUUAUCCUUUAUGUUGACACAUUUAUAUAAUAGUUCUCAUGCAAAGGGACCUCAUUUCAAAUGCAGCAAAGAAAGCUUCACUUUAUGGCAUUUCACAAGCUUCUGCCGAGAGGAUAUCCUCAUCAAGCAUAUCUGAUUACUAGAUGCAGAUAAUCCCCCAGAUUUAUUGCAGAUCUUUGCAUUCCUUUGGAAAAUGUAAGUAAAGAGUAAUUAUAUUUUAGUUGGCCUUGAACUGUGUUGCUGUUUUUUGUGUGUGUGUUUAGCUAUUGCUAUUGCUAUUGUGAUUUAAAUGCAAAUACACAUCUAAACUAUGCUAAUCUCAUGAAUCUGCUGCAGUGCCCAGUUCUGGGUUUUUGAUUGUUGUGUUUACAACAUGAACAUGCAUUGGCUCCUGAAAAAAAAAAUCGUUGGUUUGAUAGAUGUCAGAGGGAGUCUUGGAGAAAAUAACUAUACCAAGUAAAAGCAGUAAGCGAAGCUUAAUGAUUAUGUCUGUUUUGUUCGUCAAUAAAGAGUAAAGAGUGGAUCUGAACUCAUAAUUCUGUUUUUCUUUUUCUUUUUAACAUACA